UAGGGUUGGCCGUGCUGUUGUGGUCCAGCCAAAAACACUACUCAGAAACUUCAACUGUGGUCAACAACCCCACAGAGCACCUUUAAAUGACUGCAGGGCUGUGUGUGUGUGUUGUGGUGGCAGUCCUGUGUACGAGCUGUUUAGGGCUCCCCAUCUCCUCUCAGCCCCUAGACGAGGGCCAGCGGUCCGUCGCCUCUCCUUCUGAAGCUCUUCUUGAGGCUGACACCCACACCUUUGGAGAGCCCCACCUCCGACACAGCCGCUCCGCCCCUCAGCUGAAAGCUCUUCCUCUGGCUGAGGAAGAUGGAGACUCCCGGGCCAACCUCAGUGAGCUGCUGGCAAGACUCAUCUCCUCCAGGAAAGGUUCCGUGCGCAGAAACUCCACGGCGAACAGCAGAGUCAGCGGACUGACGGCCAACCAUCGGAUAGCAGACAGGGACUACUUGGGCUGGAUGGAUUUUGGCCGCCGCAGCGCAGAGGAGUACGAGUAUUCCUCGUAGAAAGGGAAGUCACGGCUCAUACCCCCUCCUUAUGGCACACGGGAAAAAGAGGGGGAAAAAAACAUGCAAGCUGGCUCAUCACUGUCCCACAAUUUGAGUCUACUUAUGAUGUAUUUGUUGUACAUUUGUUUGUAAAACUGUAAUAAUGCAAUAUACACAUGCCAAAUUUUGCAGAAAAGCUCUCACUGUCAAAGGUUUGUUGUCCAUUUCCUGUUUUCUCCGGUUUCUUUAUCAUUUUCGGGUGGAAGGACCUGGAUGGUGUCA